AUGGGCUCCUCCAUAAUUGAGGACAAAAUAUUUAGAAGUAUAUACAAUUGCAUUCGAAAAUAUUACGACGCUUCAGCUUCCAGGGAAAUAAUAUUUUCAUUCGAUGCAAGCUUCUUUUGUGGGAAAUUUCCGGGCGUCAACAGGAAUACCCUUGAGGCUAUAUUCCGCCUUUUUUGGCAGCGGCGUAUUCUUCUGCAUGCUCAUACCUUUAAGGACCGGUCUGGGCCAGCGUCGGAUCUGCUUGCAAAGUUUCCUUUUAAUAUUAAUGAUAGAAUCACAGAGGUCCCACAUUCAAUUAUGGAGAUCUCCAUUCGAUUCAUGAUGCCGCCUUGCUUCAUAAUCCGAGUUGUUUUGGGAGAAUUUAUUCGGUCGUCCAAUGAAUCUUUUGACCCUGUUGCGUUAAAGGGUUGGAUGAACGCCCCUCAUACAAUUCCAAAUGCUUCUUUGUCCAAGGCAGCGUUGUUAGCAAUAGAGGCUGAUGAGAUUGCCUCUCCCCUGGCCGAUGCAAAGAAACAGUGGGCGGUUGUAAUGCUUGUGUCUAAACUUGAUCUGCCGUUCAUCGAGGAACAGGGUAUGAGAAAAUUAGGAUAUCCCAAAACGCCGGACAUUUUGCUGCCUGUUCCGAUCGGUAGCGGUUUGUUGUUGUUAUCUUGGCUAGCAUUCGGCAACUUUGUUUCAAAUUGGAUUGAAAGUAAGGCCCUUUUUGGGGAUAUAAAGACGCACGAAAGAUAUCUAAAAAAUCAGUAUUUGACUUACUACAACAGGUAUGAUCCACUGGUGGCCAUAAUGUGUAGAUAUGGGCCUGGAAUAGUGAUCUACUGGUUUGGGUUUACCAAGGAAAUCCUCAAUUUCACAGAAUCCGUCAUGGUUGUAGAUUCGCUUCCAGAACAUAUCACCAUGCUUACGGCGGACGAGUAG